AUGCCGCAGAACAAGGUCCCGAAGAGCAAGAUGGGGUUCUUCGGUGUGCGAGCGAAGCCAUCUGGCCACUUCGGCGUCGAGUUCUCCGACGCCGGCCGCCGCUUCUGGCUCGGCACCUACCCCAUCGUCCACACGGGCAUGCGUGCCUAUGACAUGGCGGUGUGGCAUGCUGGAAGGCCGAAGACGGACCUCAACUUCCCAGAGAUCGAGACCCGGGCGGAUGCGGAUAUGCUCGAGCAUCCGGAGUAUGCUCAGGCCGAGCUGGAGUUCUUCUGGAAGUGCGACGCCGAGCAGAAGAAGAAGGAGGUGAAGAAGGAGGACGAAGCCAGCCUCUCGACGGUGAUCCUUGUCGAGUCUAAGUCGAAGGACUGGGGUGAUUCGGAGAAGGAGGACGAGGGGUGCGAUGACCCGGACAAGGAUGAGUUCUGGGAGCAGUUCAAGAGCUCUGACGAGGAGUAG